GGCAUAUACAUGGGCGCCGUCCUGUACACGUGAUGAUGGUCGUGACUACGUGUCUGCUGUCACCUUGUGACUAGAUACGUAUGGAGCAGGGGCACCUGUCGGGUGGAUGAGAGAAACCGAGCUCUGCACACAGCGCCAUGAGGGCGGAGGAGGCUCCAUAGUCUGGCGCCCAUAUACCAGCAGCGACCAGACCGGGGCCUCCCGUCCCAGGCUCGGUGUCCCCGGUGUCCCAGGUGUGCCGGGCUCCGCCUCCGGGGCUGGAAUGCGGAAGCCCUGGGAGGAGGAGCCCGCAGAGAGGCAGCGGGGAGACACAAGUCAGACAGCCCGGGACACUGGGGGCAUCUGGAGCCCCGUGCUGCUAUUCCGCGGGGGAUUACACCGCUGCCUCGGCACGUGGAGGCUGCAGAAAGGAGCCGCCAGCAUCUCACUAGUGCACCAGAUGAAGCAGCCUGGCAGCCCCGGUGGCACCAUGCCCCCCACCUUCUGAGCCAUGUCUACCCAAACCGCCCUCAUGCCAGAUCGCGACCCCGCGCCCCCCGUCCCCGAUCUGGGCGCUUUGGAGCCCAAGAAGAAAAAGCACAAACCUGGCACGUUGCGACGGGCACUGACCUGGCUACGGGGGCGCAAGAAGAAAAAGUCAGAGGUCAAGCAGCCGGAGGGCAAAGAUAAGUCAAAACCUGAUGGUGAACCCCAACCAGCUCCACCUCACGAAGAUGAUUCACCCGACAAUGUCUUCUUCCCCAGUGGGCGCAACUCGGUGGUGGAAGAAAUUCACAGCCAGGCUCAAGAGGGGCUUAAGUCCCUACAGAGAAGAGAAAAACAGCAGAGCAAGCCUUCCUUCCAGGACGAAAAUAAGACUCCCGAGUCCACAACUGACACAAAUGACAACGAAUUCCGUACUCGUUCUCUUUCCUACACCAUGGAGAGCACCAAUGAUGCAGUACUCACUCGGUCAGAGAUGAUCAAGCGCAAAGGCUCCACAUUUAGACCUUAUGACUCACCCAGAACGCCAUCAAACAGAGUAGGAAGGAAGCGUAAGGAGAAGAGAGCUACAGUAGUGGGAGUGCCUCAGCACAUUGCAGCAGAACUUGGGCUUCAUCCCUCUUCUACACAUCGUGGCAUCCAUGACAUGUUUUUUCGCAGAGAAGAUGGUCAGUUAGUUGAAAAAAAGUCUGCUGAAAUUCCAGUAGAAAAUGGGGUUCAAAGACAGGAAGCAGAAUUUGUUGUUAUUCCUACAGUAGAUGGAAAACCUGCUUCGGUGGCUCAUGAUGGGGCUCACGUCUCCUUAGCUGUUCUUGAGCAGACAGAAACGACUUUACAACGACACAUUGACAAGGUAUAUCACGAUGACAGCUGCAUAGGUUGGAAAUCUGCAUCUAAGCUAUCACCUAUGGUCCUGCGCCCAAAGUCUCUGGCAGUCCCUGGAAUGACGACACACUCACCUCAGAGUGACUCCAUAGGCCCUGUUAUGUCCAUAUCUCCCCAAGGUACCUACAUGUCCAAGAUCAUACCAAAUGCAGUUCUUCCUCCUCUUGUCGAUGUGGUUGCCUUGAGCCGGUCCAGUGUUCGAACAUUAAGCAGAUGCAGUCUUGCCUCAGCUAGCCCAGCCUCAGUUCGUGGCUCAUUGCAUAGGGGAAGGGGUAUGUCUUGCUCUAGUGAUAACUGGAGCCGGUCACAGUCAACAGAGACAAUAGUAUCAGAUUCUUCCACUAUUUCCUCCAGAGGUGGUGAUAAUACUGUAGAAGCAAAUGAGAAAUCUGGAUUAAGCACUGGCAGGACAUCUCCUGCCCCCAGCACUGAAACCCAAGAUGGUUCAGAUGCUGCAAGUUUAUGCAGUGGCCGCUCUUCUGUGCGUAGUGUUUCAUUGCGAAAAAGCAAAAAGGCUCCUCCACCUCCUACCCGUACCUAUUCCUUGCAGCAGCAUAAAGAAUUGGGUCUUCCUCCCAGGCCUGACAAAAAACCCUCAGCGAAGACCAACCAUGGCAAAGACCCUUGGGUGUUAAGAACAGAAAAAGUUUCAUCAGAUAAUGAUGUUUUUUUACCAUCUUUGGCUGGACCAAAGGAAAAUUCUCCCAGUCGUUCAGAAAGAACCAUGUCUCCAUCCAGUGGCUACUCCAGCCAAAGUGGGACACCAACAAUGCCUGUAAAAUCUCUUCUGGAGUCUCCAGGUUUAUGUAGGAAAACACCACCAAAACCUGAGAGAUCUAGUCUUAAGUCAGCCACAAACUUGUCUAUGAGCUCUCCAUCUUCAGUUGAGAACAAUUUUUCUGUUCCUGUCAGUCCCCUAAGAGCUGGUUCUACUGUGGGUGACCGGGUGGAUCAGAUUCCUCCACAUCCAAGUGUGCCUGCACCCUUUUGCCCACCACCAAGUUCUGUAGCCUUUAAAGUAGCAGUAACUCCUCCACCAUCACCACCACCAGCUCAUCAUCCCACACCUCCUCCUACCAGAAAAUCUGAGUCGGAUGCUGGUACUCCACCAUCAGUAAAAGAAGACACUGCGCAGAAAGAAUCCUUGUGGCCUCCCCCUCCUCCAUACACUUCUGAUGUUCAGGACUUGUCCAUGGCAGAUUUUCCUCCACCUGAUGAGGAGCUGUUUUUGCCCCCACCACCUUCUGUUGAACCGGUAGUUGAACUUGCAAGCGCAGAACUGGUUAGCAUCCCCAACAAUGACAAAUCAACUUUGCCGAAAGCUGAAAUGCCCAUGUCAACAUCAAAAAAUGAAGAAUCUUUAAAUGUUGUUGCCACUCUUCAACCUGAAUCAGUGCCUUUAAAUUCAGCAAAGCCGUUAGGUACAGCUGAGCAUGCCCUUGUAACAAAGAAUAAUACCGAUCCUGUGCCUCCAUUAGUCACUGAGAGCACAGACUCUACUGUGCCUCCUUCUACAGAACCUACGGCAGUGCCUGUUUCUUCAGAUAUUUCACUUACUAAUGGAGAAGCCAGUAUAACGUAUAAGCCACAUUUUAACACAACCUCAACUAAAAGCAGUGAGCCCAAAGAAACACCUGAUGUUAUUGUGCCACUAUCACUAACCACUAAGGAGCUUAAAAAUACCACUAAAUCCUCUGUAACCACUGUGUCAUCAACUACUGUAGAAUCAACUGUUUCCAAUGUGCCAUCAUCUGUCGCUGUUACCAGCUCAGUUCAUUCAAAAGCAGUAAUCUCACCACUUCCCAAGUCAAAUACAUGGAAGUCAGUCACUGCACCAGGUUCAGUGAAGAAAGAAUCAGCGACCAGUCAGGGCAUUGUAGUGGCACAAAAAGAAGAUGCAAAUUUGCCUAUAGUAACCCCAUCCUUGCUGCAGAUGGUUCGCUUGCGAUCAAUACAAGCCAGGGUUCCUCAAAGUCCAUUCUCUCCACCAUCUGGGCAUCCUGCACCUCAAAAACCUGUUCGCAAAUCCUUAUCACAAAGAUCCUCGCAUGGGUCUGAUUCUUCCCCAAUAGAAAGUCCAACAGCACCUCCUGUAUCUCCACUGAAACCACCAGAAUCUCCUUCUACCCACAAAUCAUCAGCCUCUGCUGCUAGCUUUGUAUUUGCUCGAAGUUCAAAGAAGUUUGUAUUUGACCCUCCUACAUCACAAGAUGCAGAAUCGUCACUGAAGAAAGAAAUAGUGGCAGAGCUCAAAGCACAAGGGGGUCCUCGGAGUCCAGACGAAAAACCUCCAUUACAGAGGAAGCCUAGCAAGAUUCCUCCUCCUGUGGCACGGAAACCUUCAGUUGGGAUACCUCGGACUCCCACAACUCCUUCACACUCUACAGGCAGCACAAAUGGCAGUGUGUUCUCACCCAGAGACCCAGGAUUAGCUCCUUCCACUUCAGCAGCUAUUGCAUCUGGGACGCCGGCAGGCCAUGACCAACAACAAAAAAGCCAGACAGAACAAGCCUAAACCUGUGACAAGGAAUAUUCAAGGUUCUGCUGUCUCAGGGAUCCUCUGACGCUCCACAAGACCCCAGAAACUGCUGGACUCACGACAGAUGCCUUAACUGUGUAUAUAUAUACAUACAUAUAGUCUUAAAGAUGCAAAAGGCGUUGAUUAUCAUUUUUUGUUACUUCCUUCACUUUCAACUACUGUAUUGGUUCAGCUCAAGAACUUUGACUGGAGCUCCCUCUGGUGGAAAGCCAGACUACUACACUAUGGUGGCAACCUACGGUACAGCACCUUUGAAUUUUAUUCUGGUGUAUAUUUUAUUUAAAAGCAGUUAGGACAUUUUCUAGCUCUAAACGUGUCAUUCCUGCUGUUUUCUGAGGGUUGAAGGUCUGUAAAUGCUGUCGUUUAGAAGAAUUCUGCACAAUGUAAUGUUAGAAAUCAGCACUUCUUUCUAUAAUGCUGCAGCUACCUUGUAAUCCUGUCGUAUUCCAACUAUUCUCUUACACUUGGAGUCAUUCCAGCUGACACUAUGGAAAAUAGAAACAGAUCUUUUCUUGGUUAUCUACAUAGAAAUAAUAUAUUUUAGGAAUUUCUACUUGUGGUUAGGAAUAUUGCAAAUUAGCCUAUUCUAAACUGGCAUGCUAUAAAAGUCACAUAUGAACUACUGAGUCUAAUCUAAGCAAGCACACAACGGAGCCAGGUUAGGAUGGAAAUAAUAAAAGAAGUGUAUGUUUUUACAUAGACCGCUAUAGGGAAAUAGCCUUCCCGCCUACUGCUUUUCUAAGGCCGGCAUUAAGUCAACAUAUAACAUGUAAGCUCAUUGUCAGUACCUUCAAUGGGCAUGUCCAUCCUUUCCUCAAACCUCGUGUUACAGAUUUGAAUAUGCACCUUAUGAUUCAGUGUUAGGCUACGUUCACAACUUAUACUUUAUAAAAUAUCCUAAAAUAAUCAGAAUGCUAAUGCAGAGAUCUGAACUAUCUUCAUCUUAAUGGACAAUCCGCUAAGUGCACAACGGCCAUGUGCAGUGACAUGAUAUGCUGGAUUGUGACAAGCUAAUUACACUAUUGAUUUCCAGCACAAAACCAGAGGCUCUUUGGGGCGACCAUCAGGCACGGCUGGGUUUAGCCCCUCUUGUUCACGGUCCGCAGACUGAUGCUUCCCUGAGGGGAUUGGUUAAAUACAAAUCACCGCACUGCCUUAAAGCCUAUCAAACUGCCUUUAUUACCUAUAUACUGUAUAAAACAUACAUCUUUUAUUUAAAAAAAAAAACUGGCUUUAUCUGAUUUGCCUGUAAUGGCCUAUGUAUAGCUGUGAUUCAAAGUAAAUCUUGUCAGCACAUACAAA